UAGACAUUUGGAGUCUUACCUACACAUACAGAAGUUUAGUGCACAGUCUAGGUGGAAAUCCUCUGUAAUGUUGCUGCUCUGCCUUGCUGUCUUCUACCUCAUCAGCAGUUCUCCCUGUGCUAGUGCCCCAUCGUGGUACAGUACAGGAUCUAGGUCCGCUAGGAACAAGCUGCUGCUCAUCUCAUUCGAUGGUUUCCGCUGGGACUAUGACCGAGAUGUUGACACACCUAACUUGGAUAAGAUGGCCCAGGAUGGGGUGAAGGCAAUCUAUGUUACUCCACCGUUCCUCACCAUCACUAGCCCCGCACACUUUACCCUGCUCACAGGUCGUUAUAUUGAGAAUCAUGGAGUAAUCCACAACAUGUGGUUCAACACUACCACUCAGGAAAAGAAGCAGUACUACAUGACUCAGUUUGUUGAUUCCUACUGGGACAAUGGCAGCUUACCAAUCUGGAUAACAGCACAGAGACAGGGUCUAAAGGCAGGCUCUCUGCAUUUUCCUGGCACAGCAGCCACGUACAAAGGGGAGACUGUGAGGGUUAGGAAAGUGGAACCUCGUUUCUAUGAUCACUCUAAUGAGACAGAUUGGAGGCUAAAUAUUAACAAGGUGAUUGGAGAGUGGUUCCACCAACAGGACCUGGACUUUGUCUCUCUGUACUUUGGAGAACCAGAUUCAGCAGGUCACAAAUAUGGACCAGAUUCCCCAGAACGCCGGAAAAUGGUACAGCAAGUGGACCGUACUGUCGGCUACAUUCGAGACACGAUCCAAGACCAUGGCCUUACUGACCAGCUCAACAUUAUCAUCACUGCUGAUCAUGGGAUGACUACAGUUCUACGGGGUGGACUAGUUAAGGAGAUCAUGCUCUCUAAGAUCCCUGGCUUCAGCUUCAAGGACAUUAAGUUUCAUCUGGUGGAUUAUGGUCCCGCUGGGAUGCUGCUUCCUAAGGAGGGGAUGCUGGAGAAGGUCUACCAGGCUCUGAAAGGAGGCCACCCUCACCUUCAUGUGUAUAAAAAGGAGGAGAUGCCAGCUAGACUGCACUACAGUAACCAUCCUCGACUCCUGCCCAUCAUCCUCUUUGCUGAUCCUGGAUAUGUAAUCAAUGGGUUCUUGCCUGUACAGUUCCAUAAGGGAGAGCACGGCUUUGACAAUCAAGUGACAGACAUGAAGCCUUUCUUCCGGGCAGUGGGGCCUGAUUUCCAGAAAAACCAAGUGGUUGGGCCCUUUGAGACAGUCAAUGUGUAUCCACUGAUGUGCCAUCUACUAGGAAUAAACCCAGAGAUCAACGAUGGACACAUAGACAAUACCAAACACAUGCUGGUCCCCAAGAAAAAGGCAGAAGGAAACAACAACAAAAUGAGCACCAGGUUGCAAGUGGUUGUCGGAUUAUCAGCAGUGACUGGGUUUCUGGUAUUAGUGUUCAUCGUGACCACUUCAUAUGCCUUGUGUAAAAGGCCGAAAAUCAGAGAAGAAAAUAGUUGCAAAUUGAAACAUGCAGCAAGUGAAGAAAACACAGACAUGGAGCAAACCAUUUUUUGAGAAUACAGAUUGAUAGUUUCUUCUAUUAAUUUACAAAUAUGAAAUUACAGCAUGGAGGCACUUCUUGAUUAAAAGUCACUGUGACUAAUUAUUACCAUGUUAAUGGAGGUAAUGACUUGAUUUGUUUGUUUGCAGCAAGUGUAUCUUAGGCAUCUAUAUUAGGCAUGAGCCGAGAAACAACUUCUUGAUUUUUGUUAUGGAUCUAAUCGUCUUUGAACAUAUUUGAACAUUUUACUUUAAAUGACUGACUGAAUAUUACACAUGUAUCACAAGAAUAAAUAUAUCACUCUGUAAAUAAGGAUAAAUAAUAU